AUGUGUAGGCAGUUGCUGAACAUUGCGCAUGCACUGAAGCGUGCCGCUCACGCGUCCGGAAGCGAGGCGGUCGAUUGGGUCAUUCACUUGGACCAUGAUGAGCUUUUCCUUCCACCACCGCAGGGCUUGCAGGCCCACUUCAAGCACCUCGAAGCAAGUGACUGCCGCCUUUGCCUUUAUCAGAACUUCGAAGCUGUGCCACAGGACCACACCCUGACUCCUUUCGUUGAUGUAACGCUGUUCAAGGUGCCCAGUGGCCGUGUGAGCAAGACUCCGGCGGGUAUGGCUGGCAUGAACUUCUGGGCACGGCGUACGAAGGCUAACAACUACUUUCUUUACUACGACAAUGGCAAGAGUGCAGUUCGAGUGAGCCGGGAUCGGGAGAUCGCGCCAACGUCUGUGCACCUCUUGUAUCCUCCAGACGAUCUGGAGGAGCUCAUUACUGGCCAACAUGGCUGGACCAACUUUGCAGCCCACGAAUUGGCGGACAUGAACCUGACAUGGCUUUCCUCCUCGCAUGAUGAGGUGGUAGCUGCUUCCAAGGUUUUGCAUUAUCCCGCUACGCACUAUGAACGGCUUUGGCGAAAGUAUGACCAUCUUGGCAACUUUCCAUCAGUUCGUUUCGGUGGCGAUUUGGUGGUGCCGCCGUCAUUCCACCUUGAGGCUCGUGAUGAGUACCUGAAGCACAGCACCAAGGAGAAGCAGCUUGAGAAGUUAAAGGAGUUACUGGAGAAUGCUGCUUUUUUGCGCAGUGAAGCUGAGGUGCAGUCGCAGCUCGAAACGGGGUCAGUGGUCGUCAUCGACACUGUCAAGGAGUCCUUGCGACGAGGUGUUUGGGUUCCUCCGAGGCAGCUCCGGCCGAGCCUCUUCAAGAUGCUGCAGCGCCGCCCUGGUGUGAAGGGCAUGGAGAGGCUUCAGACGAUGAAGAGGAGACCGGCCGAGGUCUGCUUUGGUAAGGGCGGCAUCCUCAAGAACCUGGAUACCGCGCUGGAUGUCAUCGUCCAGUCUCUGUGUUCCAAUGGCUGGGUGGCGUGUGGGUUAGGGGCGCAUGAGAGCCUCAUGGCCAGAGCCCUGGAGGAGGCAAAGUCGCUGAAGCCUCGUAUGUCUCGUGGAACAACCGUGAUCCAGAAUGAGGUCAUUGAUCCCAACAAGCCCAAUGCAGACAGAGAGGACCAGAUCCUUUUCUUGCAGGAACAGGGACUCAGUGGCCCCAGUGCAGCAAAGGGCCCAGCACCAACACUAGCCUUGCUUGAAAGUGCAAUCAUCGACAUCGUCAUGCAUUUGGACCCUAGACUCCAGCGAAGCGAUCUGCAACUCCGCAUCACGGAGCGUUGUGACGGAAUGCUUUCUCACUACGAGAAGGGCGGGGCCUACAGCGCACACAUUGACAAUGCUGAUGGAGAUGGGCGGGUUGAUGGCCGCGUGCUGACGGCGGUGCUUUAUCUGAAUGUCGGAUGGGACAGGUACGCUGGUGGUGAGCUUGCAAUUUUUCAGGCGGAGCACGGAGAUAUUGGUGAUGCAAAUUGCCAAGGCAAGUGGAACAUGGUGCACCCAGAGGCUGGCACGCUCGUCUUUCUUCGAGCCGAUCACGUGCUGCAUGAGGUUCGAGGAGCGCAUGCCGAACGUUACGCACUGAGCGUGUGGUUUUGCGGCCAGCACGCCGACUAUGGUGGCUCUUAA